CACCGCAGCCGACGCCUACGCCGCUUCCUGCAGCAACGCCACCUGCGGCGGGCAGACCAUCACCUACCCGUUCUGGCUCGCCACAGGCCCCAACUGCGGCUACCCUGGCCUCGGCAUCUCCUGCCAGGAGAAUGCCCCCAUCCUCGACGUCCAAUUCCACCAGUACAGGGUCCUGCACAUCGACUACGCCAAUCACACCGUCUCCCUCGCCGAUGUCGACGCGUGGAACACCACAUGCCCGCUGCUCAGCUUCAACCUCUCCCGCGACCCCAACUCGUGGCUGCAGCUCACACCCUCCAACUCCAACCUCACCUUCCUCUACAGCUGCAAGGCCAACGUAUCCCGGCCCUCCGCCGUGAGACUCGACGGGUGCCCGGGACAGAACACUCUCUGGUAUGUGCUCCGAGAUGUUGGGGCCACGGCCAAAUCUCUCGGGUAUGCGUGCGACGAGGCGGUGACGACGCCAGUGCUGAGCUCGCAUCGUCUGGGCAACCAGUCGCUUGUUGAGGUGCUCAGCUAUGGAUUCGAGAUGCGUUACGACGCCAAAUCCGAGCAGUGCGUCGCAUGCGAGCAAUCCGGCGGACGGUGCAGCUACGGACGCACCGAGGAGCACAGCGGGACGAUGGCGCUAACGAGCGCCAGUGCGAUAUAAUAGCAGGCAGCUCGAGCAUAAUAUUUCUAUGCCUACUAUUUUUUGCAUGUUCAUUGGGCUAUAAGAGAUAUGGAUCCAAGAUUAUAUCAAAGGUAACAUCAAAAAUUAAGUCCGUCAUAGAAAAUUGGACCGGGAAGAUAUCAAAGCGGACGCAAAGGAUUGAGUCUUUCUUACAAAAGAAUGGGACGCCAUACCCGAAAAGAUUCAAGUACGCAGAAGUGAAAAAUAUAACAAAAUCUUUUGCUGCAAAGCUGGGUCAAGGUGGAUUUGGUGCUGUUUACAGAGGCAACCUCUCUGAUGGUCGACAGGUAGCUGUCAAGAUACUACAGGCCUCAAAGGGUGAUGGGGAGGAGUUCAUUAAUGAGGUAGCCAGUAUUAGCAGAACUUCGCAUGUCAACAUUGUGGCUCUUUUAGGAUUUUGCCUCGAAGGAUCCAAAAGGGCUCUCAUCUAUGAAUACAUGCCUAACGGUUCACUUGAAAGAUAUGUUUUCAAAAGCAACUCUAAAGACGCAAUUUCUAUCACUUGGGAGAAAUUGUUUCAUACAGCAGUUGGCAUUGCCCGAGGACUUGAAUAUCUUCACUGUGGAUGCAGCACCCGCAUCGUGCAUUUUGAUAUCAAACCCCACAACAUUCUACUGGAUGAAGAGUUCUGCUCUAAGAUUUCUGAUUUUGAAAUGGCAAAGCUGUGCGUAAAUAAAGAGAGUAUUAUCUCCAUCGGUGGUGCAAGAGGAACAAUAGGGUAUAUUGCCCCAGAGGUUUUUUCAAAGCAUUUUGGAGCAGUGAGCAGCAAGUCUGAUGUCUAUAGCUAUGGAAUGAUGGUCCUUGAGAUGGUUGGAGCAAGGGAGAAGAAUAUCAAUGACAGUGAAUCUAGCAGCCAAUAUUUCCCACAGUGGAUCUAUGAGCAUCUAGAUGAUUACUGUGUGAGUGCUUCUGCGAUGAACGGUGAAAUUACAGAGAUUGUAAGGAAGAUGAUAGUGGUUGGGCUGUGGUGUAUACAAGUAAGUCCUACUAAUCGACCAACAAUGACUAGAGUCGUAGAGAUGCUAGAAGGGACCACAAGUGGCCUGGAGUUACCUCCUAAAGUGCUUUUAAGUUUUUUUGAAGAUCGAGUUAUGAGUUUGAGUUGAU